AUGUCUGCUCCAUUCAAAAAGCUAACAGUUAAGAAACUUCCAUUACCUGUUGAAAGUAGCACUGAAGACUCUAGAUACUGGGGAAAGUUCAAGACUCCUACCAAAAUCAACGAGGUAUCUUCAGUUGUAUCAAUACAUUUUUCACCAAGUAAACCACACGAUUUUGCAGUUACAUCCUCAGCCUAUGUAAAGAUAUAUUCUGCACAAACAUUUAAAGUUAAAAAAAUAAUAUCAAGAUUUGAAAAUACUGCUUUUUCUGGAAAUAUAAGGAAUGAUGGUAAAUUGCUUGUGGCCGGCGAUGGAAAUGGGUUGAUUCAGGUUUUUAAUCUUGGAAGUCGAGCAAUUUUAAGAACGUUUCGUGGUCAUAAACUCCCUGUACAUGUUACCAAAUUUUUUCCAAAUAAUAAUAAACAAGUUCUUUCAUGUUCCGACGAUAAAACAGUUCGCGUAUGGGAUAUACCUGAACAAGGAUCAAUUUCAGUUUUGGAAGGACAUAAAACUCCUACCAAAAUCAACGAGGUAUCUUCAGUUGUAUCAAUACAUUUUUCACCAAGUAAACCACACGAUUUUGCAGUUACAUCCUCAGCCUAUGUAAAGAUAUAUUCUGCACAAACAUUUAAAGUUAAAAAAAUAAUAUCAAGAUUUGAAAAUACUGCUUUUUCUGGAAAUAUAAGGAAUGAUGGUAAAUUGCUUGUGGCCGGCGAUGGAAAUGGGUUGAUUCAGGUUUUUAAUCUUGGAAGUCGAGCAAUUUUAAGAACGUUUCGUGGUCAUAAACUCCCUGUAGAUGUUACCAAAUUUUUUCCAAAUAAUAAUAAACAAGUUCUUUCAUGUUCCGACGAUAAAACAGUUCGCGUAUGGGAUAUACCUGAACAAGGAUCAAUUUCAGUUUUGGAAGGACAUAAAGAUUAUAUAAGAUCUGGUUUAAUAAGUCAUGAUAAUCCACAAUUAGUUUUAUCUGGUUCAUACGACAAAACUAUAAAACUGUGGGAUUUACGUAAUAACAAAUGUAACAUGACUAUUGAUCAUGGAGCGCCUGUUGAAGAAGUUUUGAUGUUUCCAGGUGGUGGUAUAGUAUUAUCAGCAGGUGGUCCAACUUUAAAUGUGUGGGACAUGUUUGCCGGUGGCAGACUUAUUAGAUCAGUGUCUAAUCAUCAAAAAACCAUCACUACAAUGUGUUUUGAUGCCUCCUUUUCUCGUUUGCUUACCGGUUCUUUGGACCAUCAUGUAAAAAUAUAUGAUGUGCAAAAUUAUGAAGUUGUUCACAGUUUCACAUAUUCAAAACCUAUUCUGUGUAUUAACGAUACACAUUUAGCAACGGGGAUGACAUCAGGCUUAUUGUCUGUAAGGCAUCGUAAACCAGAUCAUGAUGAGAAUGUUGCUAAAAAUAACGAAAAUAAAAUCCGAGUCGGCUCAUAUCAAUAUUUUACCAGAGGUUACUCUUACAAUGGAUCAAAGGAGGAUUUCGUAGUUGAAUCAGAACGUUAUCAAAACCUUGCAAUAUAUGAACAAUAUUUAAAAAAAUUUGAAUACACAAAAGCUUUAGAUGCUGUUUUUAGAACUGGUACAAGGGCAAUAUUAACAAUCUCAAUGCUUCAAGAACUUAUCUAUCGUGAUGGUUUAAGACAAGCGUUGGUAAAUCGAGACGAAACUACAUUGGAACCGAUUUUAAAAUUUAUAAUGAAAUGGAUAAACGAUCCAAAGUACACAGAACUUUUAAUCGAUGUUGGAAAUCUUAUAUUUGAAAUUUACGGACAAGUAAUUUGUCAGUCACCAAAAAUUCAAGAGUUAUUACAAUCUUUAAAAGCAAAAGUCAAGAAAGAAUUAGAAGUACAAAAAGAAAUAUUUAAAGUUAUUGGAUCAUUAGAAAUGUUAUUUGCCAAAAACUCUAUUGUAUCUUCCACUACCACUACCGAUAAUGUUACCUCAGAAAUCACCAAUACUGCAACGCCAACACCAACAACGUCACAAUGA